UUUUUAUCAUAAUAUGGAUAUUAAGUUGUUGCCUUAGUGUGAUAUUGAUUCUGAAAUUAUGCAGAAGUUACUUUUCUUUGCGCUUCUGAUUUUUGCAAUCUCUAUUGGGGAAAACAAUGCGAAAAAGUUUCGUAUAGUUAAUGGAAAAAAUGGUUUAAUAGAAAACUUUCCAUUUCAGCUCUCGCUAAGGCUUAGAACAAUACAUAUAUGUGGUGCUUCGGUUUUAAGUGACUCUUGGGCCAUCACAGCGGCCCACUGUGUACACGAUGUUGAGCAUACACCCAGAGAGGUAACUCUACGCAUGGGCAGUACAUGGAGAACAAGAGAUGGUGUAAUUGUACCCGUGCAACAGAUUCACACUCAUCCCAGUUAUAAUGCCGAAACAAUGAACUUUGAUGUAUCAUUGCUGAAAGUUCGUGAGAAUACAUUCCAUCGUCCCGAUUUGUAUGUCAAGCCGAUUAAACUACCAGGUCUUUCGGAAAAAAUUCCCAAUAAUAGUGUGGCCACAGUAUCGGGAUGGGGUCAUCAAAGUUCUUCAGAUCACAAUUUGUCAUACCAAUUAAAGUAUACUCAAGUGUUUACGGUUGACCAAGUGGAAUGUAAUAACAGUUUAAGGAUACAUGGAGGUGUUUCAAAUGCAAUGUUUUGUGCUGCAGCCCGCAGUACAGAUGCCUGCCAAGGUGACAGUGGUGGACCCAUACAAAUUAAUGGUAUUUUGGUUGGUGUUGUCUCAUGGGGCGUUGGUUGUGCUGAUCCUUAUUAUCCCGGUGUCUAUACCCGUUUAGCAUAUGCUCCCAUACGCUUUUGGAUAAAACUUCUAACGAAGUUAUAAAUAUUAGAAAAGUGAAAACUUUUGAAUAAAAAACAUUUAAAUUUGGAGAGUUUUA